GUUGCUCGACGAACGAAACGACAUCUUGAAGAGUUGGAAGCGAGUAAACCCUAUCACCUAUCCAACUACACGGAGCCCAAGUUCUCCAUAAUAGGCGAGGAAGUUGAUGCGGAUGGCCCAAACACUGGAGGCGGCUCUGCAAAAGAUAGAACAAGGUCCACGAUCUCGGAUAAGAAGCGAAAGUCUUCUGCCAACGUUCGAAGGAUCCUUCUUUACCGAAAAAAUCUCAGUGCCCUUAUUGACGAAUAUUCCUCGUUAACAUCCACUUCGAUGGAUAAACCAAAUUACCUCAAUGCAGUGGCUGCUCCACCGACCACACCCAGACGUCCCUUUUGCUCCAUUUGUGGCUACUGGGGGAAUUAUUCAUGUCAAAAAUGCGGCAUGCAUUAUUGCUCCCUAACAUGCCGCGCCACCCAUGAUGAUACUCGCUGCGAGAGGAGAGUGCUGUAA